UCUCUCUCUAUCUCUCUCUCUCUCUCUCUCUCUCUCUCUCUCUCUCUCUCUUCAUAAUUUCUCUUCUCUGCUCUCUUAUUCCCGGCCUUUAAUAAUACCUAAAGACCAUAAAUACACAUAGAGCAAACGUAUUUCCAUAAAGGGUGUGUUUCUUUCUUUGCUUCUAUACUGAACGAUAUCAGUUCUAUGGGUUUCUUCGUUUCUGUCUGAAUCUUGGGGAAAAACCCUAGAAAACAAAAGGAGGAAAUCAAACCGAAUCAAAGCCCACGUUUGCCCCCUUUUUUUUCUUGUUUUUUUUUUCAUUUGUUUUAAAUUUUGCCUUCCUUUUUGUUCGUUUGUAGGAUUUGAUGGUGUUUCUUGGGUCAUGGGAUCUGUUCACUGCCAUGGCAGAUCUUUUUGGGAUCUGUAUCAUUAGGAGCUGCUGAAAUUUGUACCAGCUUUCAGGUAGGUGUGUCCAGUUACAGAUGUUAAAGCGCUAAGUUACAAAAAAAAAAAAAAGAAACGAGAGGUUAGGGGGAGAGAGAGAGAGCAAGAAGAGAAGAGAUCGAGAAAAACGGCAAGCACUUGGAGAGGCCUGCAGCGAAAAAACGGCACGCGUUUUCUCAAGAAUCUGGAUCUCCAAGGUGAUAACAACAACAUCAUCAUCAAGAAUGGCGUUUUGAGAGGCGAAAUGGGUCUGAAGAGUUCUGGUUCGGGGGGAGGGGAGAUAGUGCAGGUGGAAGGCGGUCACAUUGUCCGAGCCACCGGACGGAAGGACCGUCACAGCAAGGUCUUCACGUCCAAGGGCCCACGCGACCGGCGCGUGAGGCUGUCGGCCCACACCGCCAUACAGUUCUACGAUGUUCAAGACCGGUUAGGUUACGAUCGCCCUAGCAAAGCCGUGGACUGGCUCAUCAAGAAAGCCAAAUCCGCCAUUGACAAGCUCAACGAGUCGCAGGAGUUGGCCUUGCGCGACGUUCAAGGUGGGAAAGCCGCAGAAUCGUCCGACCCUAAUUUCCAAAUGGUCGAUGCUAAAGAUGAUGAUGAUGAUCACCAUCACCAGACCGUGCAGUUCUCGUCUUCUUUGGUUGCCCCUUUGGCGAAUCUUGAUCCCGAGGACGCCAUGAAAACGUUCUUCCCGACGAGUAGUACCAACUCCAGCAUCAAUUUUCAGAACUACCCACACGAUAUAAUCUCAAGAACCGCGAAUCUGAACCAAGAUUUAGGGUUAUCACUUCACCCUAGCUUCCAUGGAGACUCUGGUCAAGCCGGUUCGUCCACGGAUCAAACCCUUUUCGCCACGUUCGAGGCCAACAAUUUCCAAAGAAUGUCCGGAUGGAACAGCGAAUUGACUCCCGAGCAAAGGGGUUUCUUGGUGAGUUCAUCAUCGCAUCAACCCUCGGUUCCGACACUGCUUAAUCACCAACAGACACUCUUCCUCGGUCAAGGACCGCCAUUGUUGUCUCAUCAAAGGGGUACCCUUCAGUCCAGUUUCCUUCAACCGUUUCGGUCAUGGGAUCAUCAUACGGAUCAUCAUCAUCACCACCAUCAACAGAAUCAAUCUUCUGUGUUCGCUUCACAGUUUGGUUCACAUGGGAUCAUGCAAGGGCUCAGUGUUCACAAUAGGAUCCAUGGCGAAGAAGGCGAAGGACUUGGACCUCACCGUCCUUCGGCCUCUUCUUCAUCUCCUCCUCAUAACUCGCAUCCCUGAUCCAAAAACAGAUUGUCAAGAUUUGAGGAACUUGAUGAAUACGGUGAAGCGUAUGAUCGAUAUCGGGAUCCAGAGGAGGAGAGCACGAGAAGAUUCAUAUAGAGAUAUCUUCUGAUAGUUUUUCUUCUUAUCUAUUCUAUAUACGUAAGUUCACAUCUAUAUAUAUAUAUAUAUAUAAUUUAAAUUUUCGGCUGUUUGUUUUUGGUAUUCAUCACAAUGAUCAUGCUCUUGUGUUUAGGGGCUUUGGCUUACGUUUGUUGCUUAAACAUGAGUUUGCUGUGUUAAUGGUGUCUUAUUAUGUGUGUUGCCUUGUGUUGA